GGCAAAUCUGGUGGAGCUUGCUCUUCUUUGUUACUGUCCGGCCGUGGUUCAACAGAUACUCGAGAUUGUACUUUCAUAAUGACUGGAUUUGCUGACGCUGUUGCUAAGGGAGUUACCGAGGUCUCCGGUAUCUUUGAUACCAUCCUCGUUCUUGAUUUCGGCUCCCAGUACAGCCACUUGAUCACUCGCCGUCUGCGUGAGCUGAAUGUUUACGCGGAGAUGCUGCCGUGCACGCAGAAGAUUAGCGAGCUGACCUGGAAGCCCAAGGGUGUCAUUCUUUCGGGAAGCCCUUACUCUGUCUACGCUAAGGAUGCUCCUCAUGCCGACCCCGCUGUCUUCGACCUCGGAGUCCCUAUCUUGGGAAUCUGCUACGGUCUCCAGGAGCUGGCCUGGGCCCUUGGCGGAACGGUUGGAGGAAGUGACAAGCGCGAGUACGGCCAUGCUCUGCUCAAGCCCGUCGACGAGCACUUCUUGUUUGAGGGCAUCGAUGACUUUCAGGUCUGGAUGAGUCACGGUGACAAGAUCUCCGCUCUCCCCACCGACUUCAAGGUCAUUGCCACCACCGACAACGCCCCCUUUGCCGCGAUCACGCACACAUCCAAGCACAUCUACGGUAUCCAGUUCCACCCUGAGGUCACCCACACCAAGCAGGGCAAGAAGCUGUUCCACAACUUUGCCAUCAAUGUCUGCAAAUGCGAGCAAAACUGGACGAUGGAGAACUUCAUCGACACCGAGAUCGAGCGCAUUCGCACGCUCGUCGGUCCGACUGGUGAAGUCAUUGGUGCCGUGUCUGGCGGUGUCGAUUCCACUGUCGCGGCUAAGUUGCUCAACACCGCCAUCGGCGACCGCUUCCAUGCCAUUUACGUCGACAACGGUGUCAUGCGUCUCAACGAGACUAAGCAGGUUUACGACACGCUGACCGCUGGUUUGGGCAUCAACCUCAAGAUCGUCGACGCAUCUGAUGUCUUCCUUGGAAAGCUCAAGGGUGUCACUGAUCCCGAGAAGAAGCGGAAAAUCAUCGGAAACACCUUCAUUGAGGUUUUCGAGGAAGAGUCUGCCAAGCUCGACGCUGCCUCGGGCGGCAAGAUUGAGUACCUUCUCCAGGGAACUCUCUACCCUGACGUCAUUGAGAGCAUCAGUUUCAAGGGUCCCUCGCAGACCAUCAAGACCCAUCACAACGUCGGCGGCUUGCUGGAGAACAUGAAGCUCAAGCUCAUCGAGCCUCUGCGCGAGCUCUUCAAGGACGAGGUCCGCGCCCUCGGCACCUUGAUGGGAAUCCCAGAGGAGCUCGUCUGGCGCCACCCGUUCCCCGGCCCCGGUAUCGCCAUCCGCAUCCUGGGCGAGGUCACUCCCUCGCAGGUCGAAAUUGCUCGCAAGGCGGACUACAUCUUCAUCGAGGAGAUCCGCAAGGCGGGUCUGUACAACAAGAUCUCGCAGGCGUUCGCGUGCCUCUUGCCGGUCAAGUCCGUCGGCGUCAUGGGCGACCAGCGAACUUACGAGCAGGUCAUUGCGCUUCGCGCUAUCGAGACCGUCGAUUUCAUGACCGCCGACUGGUAUAUUUUCGAGGCCAACUUCUUGAAGACCGUCAGCCGACGGAUUGUCAACGAGGUUGCUGGUGUCGCGAGAGUGGUGUAUGAUAUCACCUCUAAGCCCCCUGCCACCGUCGAAUGGGAGUAAAGUUACAAUACUGUGAAAAAUUUAGUUCGUUUUGCUUUAAUCGAUUUACUCUAUAAAUAGUUAGAAUCAAGAAAGGGGACGAGGGAAGGAGUCAACGAAGAUGUUGGUGCGUUGUUAUGUACUUUUGUAUGCGUU